AUGUUGAAGCACGAGAAGCAGAGAGCCAGCGGGCGGACUGAGCAGCUAGACGCCAAGCACAAGGCAAACUUAUACAACUUCAACCACAGACGCAGCCGAGUGCAGCCGAAUAUACCCGAGUGCAGACGAGUGCAGCCUAGUAGAGAACUCAACUAUAAACAACGACAGACUAACAUGAAUUCUCCAGGAUUAAAAUGGAGUGCGCUUGGCAAAGUGCUAUUGGUGGCGACACUAGUACUGCUCGCAGUGACCUCUGCCAUGCCGGCAGACGACGCCAGGAUCCACGGUGCGAGAGCGAAGCGACAGCUCCGCAACCUGUUCUGCGCAUACGCGAAUAACUUCAUAAGUAGUCAUCAUAACUGCAUGUGCUCAGGCGCUGUCAUGGGCAAGCGACGCAAGCGGCACCUAUUCCUGAAAAUUACGUGCGCAGCAGCGUGUAGAUAUGUGCUCUACAAAUGUGAACAACCGCUCCCGACAACCAUGUUCCCUGUUACAGCACCAGCCCGUUGACGCGUUUCAAUGAAAUAUUUCGACUUUGGUAUAGUAAAGAGAUUUCGUAUUUAUUUAACAUUAUAUUUUAUUGAAACGCUCCAAGUGCCCGUGGGUUACAGACGCGACGAUAUUGAUGUAGUCGUGCGAGAACUCGCGGGGCGACGCGCAUGCGCACGCGACGCCGCGUUCGACUACCCGUGAGUUUUAUCGUCGCUCGCUGCGUCGGACAUCUCCUGCGCUAACUUAACCGCAAAUGUUCAUUUCACACUAAAUAAAGAGAGAGAGAGAGAGAGAGAGAGAGAGAAAGAGCGAAAAGCGUGAACGCGUGACGGCGCUGUCGGAGUUGCGAUGGCGGUGACGAUGACGAUGACGAUAGGGACGCCGGUGAUCAGACGUUAAUGUAUUGACGCUCUAUAAUUUCGUCGGUGCGGCGUUACGGCAUCUUUUAUUUAUUUUCGCAUACGUGUUAGCCUAGUUACACGUGAGGAUCAUCAGCUUAUAUUAGCGUCGCAUACGAGACGUGCUGUAACACACACUAGCCUUCCGUUUAUGUUAGUGGGAGGGGGUUGGGAGGUGACUUUCUCAUCUAUACGAGUAGCCGGAUAUCGUAAAACCCGGGAAUAUACCGUCUCGCCGAUUGAUUGUCUGUAAUCAUGUUCUUAUAUAUAAACUAUGUGGUGAAAAAUAUAAACAAAAACCUUUUGAACUUUGAA